AACCUAUGAUUCACUCCUGUGGGCAGGCUAUGUUCACUGAUCUUGGAGAGUACUAACUGCGUUUACCCUGUCUUGACACUCUAGGUCAUCGCGACUGGGUCACUGCCGUCGCCACCAGCACCGAGAACCCCGACAUGAUCUUGACGUCCUCGCGCGACAAGUCCAUCAUCGUCUGGAGCUUGGUUCGCGAUGACGAGGGCAACUUUGGUGUUCCCCGCAAGUCCCUCCACGGUCACAACUCUGCCGUCCAGGAUGUUGUCAUCUCGUCCGAUGGUCAGUUCGCCUUGUCUGCUUCCUGGGACAAGACCCUCCGUCUCUGGGACCUCAACACCGGUCUCACCACCCGCCGCUUCAUUGGCCACACCAACGACGUUCUCUCGGUCUCCUUCUCUGCCGACAACCGUCAGAUCGUCUCUGGAUCCCGCGACAAGACCAUCAAGCUGUGGAACACCCUCGGAGAGUGCAAGUUCACUAUUCAGGAGGAUGGUCACACCGAGUGGGUUUCCUGCGUCCGCUUCUCGCCCAACCCUGCCAAUCCCGUCAUUGUCUCUGGAGGCUGGGACAAGGUCGUUAAGGUCUGGGAGCUUACCAAGUGCAAGCUGCGCUCUAACCACAUUGGACACACUGGCUACAUUAACACCGUCACCAUUUCACCCGAUGGUUCCCUCUGCGCCUCUGGUGGACGCGACGGCAUCACCAUGCUUUGGGACCUCAACGAGGGCAAGCACUUGUACUCGUUGGAGGGCAAGGGCGAUGAUAUCAUCAAUGCCUUGGUCUUCUCGCCUAACCGUUACUGGUUGUGCGCUGCCACCUCGUCCUGCAUCAAGAUUUGGGACCUGGAGUCCAAGUCCGUUGUCGAUGAGCUCAAGCCCGAGUUCACCAACGUCGGCAAGAAGUCCCACCCUCCCCAAGCUGUCUCCUUGGCCUGGUCCGCUGAUGGCCAGACUCUCUUUGCUGGUUACCAGGAUGGCCUUGUCCGUGUCUGGUCCGUUGGUUUUUAAAUGAUUCUUAUCUUUUUAUUCUUUUUUUAUUCUUAAAAAAAAAGAGAAAGAAAGAAAGAGAAAAAAAAGAAAGAAAAAAAAAAAAAGAAAACCAACGCGAUGGGAAAUCCUCACGAAUAAAAACAAAAAAAAAAAAGUCAGUUUAUCUAUG